AUGAGUAUCAAGGGGCCCGAGGUCCGAGAGACUCGGCUUCUCCAGGAUGACGCCCCUCAGAAACAGAGCCGAAAGGCUUCUCUGCCUUUCGCCUUUCAAAGGUCGCGAGACAGUGAAUUUCACAAACAUGGCUGGAAACCAUUGACUCUCAGUGCUCCGGUUCUUUUCUCCUUCGCUUUCAUAUCUUUCCUCCUUGCGGUCAUUAUCGAGAUACUCGCCCAACGAAGCCAGUCUCAAGGAGGCCUCGCCCUUUCGAAAUCAGCUGACGAUAUACCGGCUUUUGCAAACUUCUGCUACCUUUUUCUACCCACGAUCGUUGCCGUCAUAUACAGUUUACUCUGGAGCUGGAUUGACCUUGAUGUCAAGCGAAUGCAACCAUGGCUGGAGAUGUCAAGACCAAAGGGCGCUACAGCAGAAAAGUCGAUGUUUCUGGACUACCCGUACGACUUCAUCGCUUUCGUUCCGAUCAAAGCGGCCAAGAGAAGACAUUGGGCAGUCUUUUACGGCGGAACAGUCAUGGUACUCAUUUUCUGGGUAAUCACACCCCUCCAGAGUGCAAUACUUGGAACGGGCCCGGUCGAUGUAAGACGGCAAGUCAAUAUAUCUGCUACCGAGGCUCUUCGGCCGGCUUCAGAGCACUUCGGAUUGAUGGAUGUGACUAUUCUCAAUGAGGGCUAUGCUCAGACAUGGCUGAACCAGCGAUUUCCACCUUACACGACGCCGGAAUACACGCUGCUCCCUUUUGACACCAAGAGUCAAGCUAUCCAAGGAUCCUCGACCAAUUGGACAGGACCUACCACCAAAUUCUGGACUCAAUUGGCUUGCUGGCCCGCGGAGGUACACAUGAAUGGGGCCCCACGAAAGCAUAACCACGACUUCCUCAAUGGCCGUGGCUGUAAUGCCAGUGAGAUCAACAGCUAUGGGAAUUUUGAAAACGACUUGCCUUACCAGAUGUUGUACAUAGGGUAUCCCUACAGUUCGUGGGUGGACUACUACCUGGGUGCCACUUGCUCGAAGCAAUCAGCAGGCAAUCAGUUUCUGGCCACGUGGGGUCACUCGGACUAUCAGAAGAACGAGAUCAACCUCACAUCUAUAUUCUGCGAGACCAGCUACUACAAGCAGCCUGUCAAUGCCUCCGUCAGAGCUGCUGACCUCGUCCCUUUGGAGAACUCGGUUGUUCCGCUGGGUCCUCGGGAAAGACUUUUGGAAACAGAGUUUAACAUGACAGCUUUCGAGCAUCUACUAGGAGCCGGUGUAUUAACAACGCAACCCGACGGUGCGAACGGCGGUACCAAAGAGUUUCCGUUUGGACGUCUACUGGAACAGCAUCAGCAAGUCGCCAAAUUGGGUAUCAAAUGGCCGAUGGCACCGAUGGCCGGCUUCGCGAUUGGCUCACAAAAGAACGUCAAGACACUCGAUAUUUACCGAGACGAGACCAGCUUGGGCAAUGCUUACAACUCGACACACAAGAUGCUCUUUUCCCUCGCACUCCGUCGGGUCCUCGAAAAUUCCACGAAUACGAACACGACCACUGGCAACAUCGAUGUCGAGCUACACGGUAUCAUUGUCAGCCGAGUCUUCUCCGCUAUCGUCGAAGGAAUGCUAGUUAUUGUUGGGAUUUUCACGACACUCCUAUGGUUGCACGGCUAUAGGGCGCCUAGCCGCUUGACGAUGGACCCCGCCUCCUUAGGAUCACUGAUUAGUCUUUGCCAAAACAGCACUACGCUUCUCGACAAGCUUGCUGGAAAGGGAGCUCUACCCGAGGAUGCCCUCAAGCAAUCUUUCCAAGACUUACGUUUCAAGUUGUUCUGCGGGUGCCAGAGUCGCUCAGGGCAAAUGGUCAUCAAAGUAGUCGAUACCCGAGAUCAGACAAUUGAGGAGCGACGCAUCAGCCUGACCCAGCCAGACACCACCUUUUCCGUCGGCCACUACUCUCCAGUCAAGCCCUUGGCCCUACGCCGAGGUGUUGGUGCUAUGGUAACCUUAUCGAUGAUGGCGGCUGUCGGCGGAUUGGUCUACUUCAAAUUGCUCGAACGGCGCAACAAAGGAAUCGUUCGUCCAAAUGCAAGCUUCGAAGUGCUGCAGAUACUCGAGAACUACGUGCCCACUAUCUUUGCAACUUUGCUGGAGCCCUUUUGGGUGCUCGUCAACAGGCUUCUAUGCAUCCUGCAACCAUUUAAGGACUUAUGGACCGGCAAACGGUCGGCCAAGGGCUCCAUCAAUGCCAGAUACACCUCUCUGCCCCCGCAGCUCGUUUUUUGGAGGGCAGCCAAGUCGGGCCACUUCAUUCUCACGGCCAUGUGCGCGUUAGCCUUGCUGUCUAAUCUUCUAGCUGUUGGUCUCGGUGGUCUCUUCAACGAAAAGCCAAUAGACAUUGAGCGCCCUUACAACUUUCAACAAUCAUUCAUGCCUCGACUGAGUAACGCAUCCGUUUACGGCUCAGAAGCCCGCGGAACUUUCCAUAACUCGGCUCCGUACGAGGUUCCAUUUUACAUUUUCAUGAAUAACGUGUCUCAGAACACACCACUUACACCGUGGGUCAAUCACGACUACUUUUUUCAGCCCUUCGACAUUGUUCCCCAAGACGAGGACAAGACGAGCGGCACAACGUUUACGGCGCGGACCAGGGGCUUCAGUACUAAUCCAUCCUGCUCUGACUUUGGUACUUACAACACAAUAAGGAAAGCGCCUCAGGUGAAUUACACAAUGACCAGGAACGGCGAAGCUGUGAAGGGUUGCAGCACAAGCUUUAUCACGAAAGAUAUAAAACUCGACAGCGAUUACGACAUCUUUCCCGGGCCGGCUUCGAAGGAGAUUGUGCAAAAAUUGGACACCUCAUACGACUUGACACCCUGCGAGACCACUUUGCUCAUGGGCUGGUCGCGGAUUUCUCAUGCUUCGAACAUCACCAAAUCAACAAACUCAACGACAACCACGAAACGAUCGCGAAGUACCGAGUUGGGGGAUGGAGAAAUCGCGAGCACAUUUGUCAUUUGUCAGCCACUCUUCGCCACGGCCAUGUUCGAUGUCACGGUGGAUUGGCAGGGCUACAUAAUCAACGCGACCCGGGCAUCCGAUGUUUCGGCAACGCUCGACUACCCACUCUCGACGAACCACACGGAUGCGAUAUCCGCACACGUCAACGAGCUCAUUGUCUCAACUCAAAAGAGCUGGCACAACGACAGCUUCUCCCGCGACUGGAUGAAUUACCUACUCAAGAUCCAACCGGGCCACGCGAACCUUCUCGACCCGAACAUCCCACCAAACGCUACCGCGCUGAUCCCCGCCCUCGAAGCCGUCUACCGUCAGAUCUUUGUCCUUCUCCUCGGCAACAACCAGAACUUUCUCGACACCUACCCCGAACCCGUGACCAUAUCCGGCAUCCGGCACACCACAGAGACGCGCAUCUUUCUGGACACCACCGCCCUCGUCAUCAGCCUCGUCGUCCUGGCCAUCAACAUCGUCGUGGCCGUCGCGGUGUACGGCCUGGCCAUCAAGCACUUCCUCCCGCGCAUGCCCACGACCAUCGGGUCCAUCCUCGCCUACCUCGCGCCCAGCAGAGCGGUGCGCGAGUACGACGGCGCCGGAGGCAGCCUCGAGAGCAAAGCCACGUUCAGCUUCGGUCGGUAUGUCGGCGAAGAUGGGCGCGCGCACGUUGGCAUCGAGCUUGACCCCUUUGUAGUGCCCGUGAAACUCUCCGCGUUGAGAAAGGGCGAUACGGAACCGAGAACAGGGCUGCUGGGGAGGCUGCUGGGGAGACGGAAAGCGGGACGGCGAGGUGAUACGUGGUUGUGA